CCACCCCAAGAAAAGGCCAGGCGAGUGGGUGCUGUCGCCACCCUGCACAGAGAAAGCCCAGCGGCGCCACUGCGGCCGCGGACACUUGGUGUUUAGGUUCCGGCCCGAGGGCAGCGGCGCCCGGAGUCCGGCUGUGUGCCGACGCGGCCGGUUCGGGGCAGUCGCUUCCUGCCGGGCAGGGAGGGGGCGGGAGGCGGUCCUGUCCGCUCGCUGCCGCCGGAGGCUGCACCUGCCCCGGAGGAUGCCCAGGAGCCAGCCGGAGCCUCCCCGGAUCAGAACUUUGUAGGCUGCCCGCCCCCAUCCCCGCAGUCCCCGGGCCGCGCACCGGCAGGCGGGGGCGAGGGGGCGCCGCCGCGCGAGGCCCCCGCGGGUCCCCCUCCCCCUUGGCUCGGCCGCCCGCCGCUUUGUUCCGGGCGCGCGGAGGGAAGGCGAGGCUGCGGCGGAUCAUGCCCAUGGUGUAGCCGCCAAGCGGAGGCAUGGCUGCCGGAAGGUUACUGCUCUAUACGGGCCUCUCGCUAGCGCUCUGCGCCCUCGGCAUGCUGGCCGUGGCCAUCUGCUCGGACCACUGGUACGAGACGGACGCCAGGAAGCACAGGGACAGGUGCAAGGCCUUCAACACCCGCCGGAUCGACCCGGGCUUCAUUUACAACAACAACAACAACUUGCCGCUCCGGGCGAGCCGCUCCCGCCUGGACCGCUGGGAGGGCAAACUCCUCCGGGCCCGGAAUCGCCGGCAGCUCUUCGCCAUGAGCCCGGUGGACGAGUGCAGCCGGCAGUACAACUCCACCAACAUGGGCCUCUGGAGGAAGUGCCACCGGCAGGGCUUCGACCCCGAGAUCGCAGCCCUCAUUCGGAAAGGAGAAAUUGAGCGAUGCACGUACAUCAAAUACCACUACUCCUCAGCCACCAUUCCCAGGAACCUCACUUUCAACAUCACGAAGACCAUCCGUCAGGAUGAGUGGCACGCCCUUCACCUGCGCAGGAUGACUGCCGGCUUCAUGGGCAUGGCGGUGGCCAUCAUCCUCUUCGGCUGGAUCAUCGGUGUGCUGGGCUGCUGCUGGGACCGGGGCCUUAUGCAGUAUGUAGCAGGGCUUCUCUUCCUCAUGGGAGGAACCUUCUGCAUCAUAUCACUGUGCACCUGUGUGGCUGGAAUCAACUUUGAGCUGUCACGCUACCCACGCUACCUGUAUGGACUCCCCGAUGACAUCAGCCAUGGAUACGGAUGGUCCAUGUUCUGUGCGUGGGGGGGCCUGGGCCUCACACUAAUCUCGGGAUUCUUCUGUACCUUGGCCCCUUCUGUCCAACCUGUCCCGAGGACCAACUGCCCUAAAUCCAGACCCGAGAAUGGGACAGUGUGCUAAAAACAAACCCAUACAUAUAUAUAUAUAUAUAUAAAUAUAUAUAUAAUAUACAUAUAUAAAACAAAACUAACUCAAGAUGAUGCCAGUGCCAAGGUAGAGUUGAGUUCACUCAGGCACCCGCAUCUCGUCGGACUUUGUGUUGCCUCAUCACCGAGAUGGGGAAAGCAUUCCCAUCACGUGGCUCUUCCAUCACUUCUUAACUUUUGGCUCCACGGUUUCUUGAAGACAGAGCGAACAUCACCACUCGUGAUAGCGUCCUGACCCCAUCACUCACGAGGAUGGGGUGGUGGGCUGGGAAGGGACAGUGCCAGUGGUCUGAAGCGGCAUGGAUGUAGAGAAGGAGGUCCCAUCCUUUGGGCCAGCAGCGAGGACACCACCCCAGCACCGAUCAUGUUGCAGAGAAACAAAGCCCUUAGUUCAUAGAAUGUAACCACAUCUUUGAGGUCAUUUGCAGAACCACUUCUCCUGAUCUUCCUGUUCUGAUUCCCUUCCUGGCCCACCAGCAACACACAACAAGUGGAAGAGAAAACAGACUGAGAAGGAAGUUUUCUCAUUGUUGCCAAACUCUUGGACAAAGUUACAGAGGUGGGAAGGGGGAGAGAACAACGUGCUGAGAGGCAAGAUCCACAUCAAUAAAAGGACACUUCAGUGGAUGUUCAGAAAACCCAUUCUUACCUUCCAGCUGCCUUACAUCCAGUUAAACAAGAGGCCGCCCUGUCCCUGACCCCACCUGCACUCCCUGGGCAGAUUGGAGCCUUGGAGUAAUGCUGUGAUGUGUGUGUGUGUGUGUGUGUGUGUGUGUGUGUGUGUGUGAUUACUUUUGGUGGUUUCCUUUUUUCCUUUUCACCUUUUACAAUGGAAAUACUUCAUUAUGACUGUUGUCUCUAUCGUUUGUGGUGGUCUCAUGGCCCAGGGCGGAGUCCCGAGCCCUAGGAGGAAUAAUGAGGGGCAGGCCAACAUGGGUGCCCAUUAUUCUGUAGCUUCAGAUCCCUGGAGUGUGUACGUGUGGUGGAUGUUUUCCGAGUGUGGGGUUUUGUUUGUGUUGCAUUUUUCUAUUAUUUGUAGUGCAGCUGAAAUUCCCAGAGAGCAGAACUGAGAACAAAAUCACUGGGCAGAGGGCCCGGUGGUCCUUCACAUCACAGUUCUGGGAUGCUACGGGAUUAAGUCCUCUAAAUCCGGAAGUUCAAGACAAAGCUGGGCACAAAAGCCAUGAGAGAAGAGGGGGAACACCGUUCAGGAGGGAGAAGGAACAUUGCCUCUGUUGCUGUUGCACAAGUACGUAUACCAAACCAGACCCUCACUCCCCGUCGUGGAAGCUGUCCUUUGUCACUGGACAUCCACCCCUCUCCUAGGGGCGACCUCUGUACAGAUGAAAGAAAAUGGGUCACAUGCAGAGAGAGCAUCUCCAUGUCCCGUGGGCUCAAGAUUGUAUGAUAUUAUGUAAAUUAAUGGAGAACUCUUGACUCUUUCCAUCUUCUUCCUUUCCCUCUUGAUAUUCAAGGCCAUGCAUCCCCAAAUAGCCGUCUUAGUGGCUAUCCCCCAAACAGAGGUGGCAUCAGUCCAGCCCAAUGUCUCAGGCUCAUUCGAGCAAACUGGUCCUGCAGGUGUUGAUGACCUACAAAGUCAGCCACAGUCGCGGAAGCUGUAGGGACAAGAGUCUGCCAGGAAGAGUGGGCAGGAGCAGCUGACAGUCACCUCAGUGACCCUGCUGGGGCCGAGCAGCCCCAGGGAGGCAAAGUGAAUCCCCGAGCUAUACAGUCAUGGGUCAACCAUGUAGCUGAGAAUUCAGUUGCCUAAUAAAUACAUAUUCUUUGGGCACAUUGCCAGCAGCUCAACAGCCUUCCUUCCCACCCAUGUACCUCUUUCAUCGACCUGUCUUCUGAUCUAUCUUCUACCAGUCCCCACUUCUCUUCACCUACUAACCACCUCUCCCUCUUCCAUCCGCCAGGCUAUGAGUCCUGCCUGUCCCCUCAUCUGCUCUUUUUGACUCUGUGUGUGUGUGUGUGUAAUUCACAUCCAGUUAGGACAUCCCAUGUGUAUGAAUGGGCCUGAAUGUGGGUCUCUGUAUAUGUGUAGCUCUCUGGUGCAUUUUCUGUAUGUUUGUGUCAAUAUGUACCUGGACAUGGGUGUGGGUGUGCUACUCAAGGCUUCCUUCACGGCGACACUGGUCAGCUUCUGCAAAAGGUCUCAUGUGUGCGUGCCCCUUGUAUGGGUGUACUGAGAGAUGAGGGGUGAGAUGUGGAGCAGGAAAUGCUAUUCUCUUCCAAUUGGGCUUGGAAGGAUUUUUUUAAAAUAAAGGAUUAAUUCUGAGAGAAGGGAAAUCAUUUUCAAAACCUAACUUUUCCAUCAUAUACAGAAUUAAAUUUUUUUUCUUGAAAAGUUAGAUUUCCCCCUUAAAUGACAGGCACAUGAGGGCUUGAGGGAGAAGUGAGAAGCAUCCCAGAUUGAGAGGCUUCGUGUCUUCCUUCCAAGCAUCCUGAGUGGGCUCUGCCGAGCAGGGAGAGGCAGGUGUCCACGAGCAUCUUUUCAGGGCAGAGGGCCUGUCUGUGACCAGACUCAAAUUCCAGCUGUUUCCCAGGUGCAGGAAAAUGGAGAAAGAAAUUCUACAAGGGACCACUUGCUGUCAGUCAUUUAAACUUUUCUUGAGUAGCUGUGUUUGAGGACACUGCCUCACUGACCUGUGACUAUUUAUACCUUCUUUUUUUAUCCCGUGCUUGCCAUAAAUGGAUCAUCCACUCUUUCCAGCUACUAAUCUUUGUGGUCUACCCUUAAUACAGCUUAUUGUGUCCCUUUGAAGCCUUCCUGAAAUGUUAGGAGGCUCCUAAGAAAGAGGUAAACCACCUGGGCUUCACUUACCAUCAGUAGAACUGAGGCUUUGAGCUGCUUCUUUGGUAGCGAGGCCAGAUAGGCACAGAGAUACUCUGGGGCCUGGGCCUGGUUGGGGCCAAUAAAGCCCCAUACAGAUGGCAAAUCCUGCCCAGGGCAGGCUGGGGGUGGGGGUGGGGGGUUCGAUUCCUCCAGCAUAGGGAUCCAAGUUAGAACCCACCGCCCCCAUGCUAUUACUGAGGCUGUGGCGUGACUGAAGAAGGGAAGAGAGGGAGAGGAAGAAGGAAAGGGUGCCUCCACUAACUCCAAAUCAAGGUAGAACCCAACCUAUUGAUGGGAUGUAGGGUCAGCAGCUUCAUGAAAGUCCCAGCCCUGACCUCAGCUGAAGCUCGGAUUCCUUACAGGUAUGCAUGCAAGGUCUAUGACCAGGUAUGUAUUUUGAGCUCCAUGUGAAUCAGCUUUAAGCAUGGGUCCCAUUUCAGCUUUCAUUUCCUUCCUUACCCUAUAAGAGCGGGGAUUCAGGAAAAUGAGGCGUCUGCCUGGAAGGAGGUUCUAUUUCUUUCUCUCCCCAUUUUGGGAGCUUUGGUUUCUUUCCACUUUCCUUCUGCAUCAACUUAAAAUAGUUGAUCAAUUAAAAUAGUCAAGGAAUGUGUCUCUGGAGAGGCUACUCUCCAAGCAAAUCCCUUCCUCGUUGGUUGUGGCUGUAGGCUUCAGAAGGAGGUCUGUGGCUUCCCAGCAUUGAAAUAGAAAACAUUUUUAAAGCUGCCUAUUCCAGCUUCAAUCCUCCUGAAAGCCUUAGCCUUUCAACAAUUACAUCCUUUUAGCUUCAGGGAUCACAAAGUCACGAAGACUCAACAUCACCAGAUCAAGACAAAGCUUUCCUUGUUCACACGUCCGUAUGUCGCAUUCGGAGCCCAUUCUGGCAUAUGCCUUGUUGGGGUGUGCUGUUCCACAAACAGUGCUUGCCUUCCCUUUGAUUAGGGAAGACGAUACCCUGAAACUCUUGAGUAUGGGCCCUACCUCUUACCACGCAUCCACGGUCAUGAUAAAAGGUGUAAAAUGAACUGUGUGUAGUUGUUCUGAUUCAAUAGGAGAUGUGCUGCUUAGGUCCCUAAAGCUGCCCACCUGAGUCAGACUCAGAGUAAUGAAAUCAAGUACAUCACCCAGAGGCAUUUAAAAUGGACUCUAUCUUCACCUGGCUUAUUCUGGGAGCAUUAAUUAACUGGUUUUUAAGUAUCUAAGGGGAAGGAGUGGGAAGAAGAUGCCCUCUGGUCAUCUUUGGUGUGGUUUGUGUGGGUUGCUUGGUCGCUUCUGGCAGCUAAAGGGAGGCUGCUUUUCUGAAAAUGUUCUCCUCCCCCAGGGGCCAACCAUCCCAGGGGACCAAUCCAGCUCUUUCCAGGGAAAUAUGAUGAAUCAUAGAGGUGAUUUCACCAUAUUUAGAAGUCAUUGGUGCAUAUCAGCCAGGUUGGGUUUUGUGCUAUCUUCUAGUUGGUAUCCAGCAGAGUAAGGGGACAGGUCUUUAAACAAGUCCCCCCUGAGCUGCUGGACACAAAAGAUUCUGGUGUCUCAAAGCAGUCAACUUGGCGGGCUGUGUUUGCACUCUUUGCCACCAUGGUGCAAAAUGUUUCUUAAACAUUAUUGUUAGUUCUCAGAUUAUGUUAUUAUUGGCUUUUGGAUUGUUUUUUCUGAAUAAUAGCAAAUUAGAAGAAGUAUCAAAAAGAUUAAAGGAUUGUUUAUAAUUCCAUCACUCGAGGCAUCAUGAUGGCCCCAGCCUCAGUACCUACAUGGCCAGUGAUUGUCUGGGGUUGACAUUUGGGGCUAGGAGUGUAGUCCAAGGCUGCCAAACCACACUGGUCUGCAUGGGAUUGACCCUGUGUUCAUUACAAGAGAAGAACAGGGCCCUGAGCCCCCAAAGAUGGCAAAGAGACUUUCAUAAAAGGUCAAUGCCAGAGCUCAGGGAUGGGUGGAACAGAGGGAAAAGAUUCCUACUUUCUUUCCUUUUUUCUUUUCUUCUUCUUUUUUUAAGUGCUAUCUCAAUCUAAUUGUAGGUGUAAGAGCAUGGAAGCCAGAGUAACUCACUAAUUAAGCUACACUUCUCUAAUACAGUUACUGUAAAGUUCAUUUCAGCUCUGCACUAAAAUGAUUUGCAACUCUGGGCACUGUGUCUUCUCCAUACUUGAACUUCCUCAUCCACAAAAUGAGGAUAGUGAUAACACUUUACCUCAUGGUAUAUUAAGGGCGACAAAACAGUUGUGAAGUGAUUUGCAGACAUGACGUGCCGUAUAAAUUACGCACUAUUCAAAUGAUCCUGCAGCAUCAGAGCCCCCAGUGCAUGGAAUUCUUCCACGUACAUGGUGCAUGGGCCUCGUUGCUCAAAGGACAAUCGAGAGUGUGAGGUCAUUGUGGCCACCAAACAGGACCAUCCCUAUCCGGGUUCAGCACAUGGGAUUCUCUUCCAUCAUUCAGGUCCCUCACAGAGGUUGGCUCCUUAAUUUACCCAUUCUCAGGCUUCCUUCCUUUUGUCCAAAGCCAAUUUUGCAAAAGGCACUCAAUCCCUCUCGAUUAUUCCCAGAGGUGAUGGAAUAAGUAAACCAUAUGGAGCAAAUAGCAUAUAUGAGCUCAAACAGUUAACUAUUAACCAAGGCACAGGGUCAAUGCUUUUUCUUUCUUUCUUUUUUUCUUUCCUGCAAACAUCAUUUGUAGCUGUACAUGAACUAGUGAUGGGAGCUGAUCAGGUUCUGAAGCAUUUUAAUGGCCUUUUAAGUUUAAGAUGGGAACAAAUUUCAAAGAACUCGAAUCUUCUUUCUCUUGUCAGUUGGUGAAGCAGAUGGCUUCAUCAAAAGCAUAUGGGUUCUCUUGGGAAUGAGAGUGGAUAUGGCGCACUCCCUCGGAGGUGUUCUGGGCAUGAUCCUGUUUUGGGAAAGACUGAAUCCUAGGUUCUAAACAAGAAUGCAAUUCCAAAAGGGUUUGCACCUUUUCUGCUUUGCAGGAGAUCUGACUUCAGAGCUAUAGGGAGGCCCUCUCUAAGGGAAGUCCAAGGCCUUGCUCACUCUAGUUAUAGAGCCCAACCAGGAAUGGGGGAACUACCUAACUAUAGGGGUGCUUGUUCACUAUUGAGAGGCAGAAAACCACAAACAUGGGGGCUGGCCUCACUUUGACAGACGCCAGGUUCAGCAAUGACAGUCCUGUCCUUCAUUUCCAAGGACUGGGUGUUGGAACUCUGUGUCCCUCUCUCCUGUCUCUCAUUACUCCCUCAAGCCAAGCCUUUCCCUUCUUUCCCUGGUCGCCUGGAGACCCUUUCAAGCCUGAAUGUGUUGGUGUGGCUGUGUUGGAGUGGAUGUUCACUCACUCAUGCUCAGAUUCCUUUCCCGCUUCCGUCCAUGGUUGUGACUGUUUUAGAUCCAAGACUUUCUGUAAAAAUGUACAAAUAAAAGUGGAAACUGAAAAUAAAGGGGAGGGAAUUGAGAUGAAACAAAUGCAUUGAUGUAGCCCUCAGUUUUUGGAGGACUUUAUGUAGAGACUGCCCUAAAAUCCUGACUCUGGUGGGAUUUGAAGGGAGGAAAGCCGUUGGCACAGAAGGUUUUUUGGGUUUUUUGUUUGUUUGUUUGUUUCUGGUUGUUUCUCUGACAGUCACUAGUGUCUGCUUGGGACCCUCUGUUCUAAAGCUUUUUGCCUUUAAAGUAAAAUCUAUUUUCCAGAAAGUAAAGAGCAAGUCAUCUAAGUCUGAAGGGUGGAGGUCAUCACAAAGGUCAACACAAAGACCUGAUCCUGGGUUUGCAUUUGUAGCUUUGUCACUGGCUGACUCGGCGCCUCAGGCGAGUCUCAUUACCUCACUGUCUCUGUGUCCUCUCAACCAAACCAGGACCAGAGAGCUCCUGGGGCACCAAGUCUCCUUGGCCAUUCUGCUGCUAUUCUCAAAGGCUUCGAGCCCAUGUGGGUGUGUGCUUCCCGCAUGAAGGUACAUUUGGAGAGUUUUCCUCCCUGUUACUCUUACCCCCCCCUCACUCCUCAGAAAGUAACCUCAAACUAACAGCCAGUUUGUGCUCCAGUCCAAAGCCUUCAAUCUACCUUUUUGUUCUCAGAUGCCUUUUCCCGCCCACUUUGCCAAUCUCAUUUGACUGUCCUUACUGACUGAAUUUUGGUACGAGAAGCAUAUCAGAGGAGACGGUGCCUAUAAUGGCUUUGUAAUCUCUGACUCACUAUACAGACAUGGCUUGUGAUGUCAAAAGCGGGGAGGCUGGCUGUGGGAUGCCGCCAAAUCACACUGAAGAAAGUACUGCUGCAGGGUGGGGUAAGGGCAGUGGGCGGCACAUGGGAGUUGGCCGUGAAGGGAAGAUAAAAAUUUUGGAAGGGAAAAUGGCAGAAUCCCCAGAGUAUCCUCAGCAUGGCAAUGGAGAAGGAUCCCUCAAAGACAGGGCACCAUGAAGUAAGGGGAAGUAGGAAAGAAGGGUGGGGAAUGGGUAACCCUAUAGCACAAGGAACUGCCUCCCCUAAGACUGAGAAGAUGAGGUGCUUAGGGGGAUGGAGGGGUUCUGCCAAGCUUAACUUAACCCUCCAUCCAUGGCACCUUCAAUCCAAACCUUCCUCCUUUCCGACUGUCCAUAGUGAUCAUCACUCAUCAUCACUCUGGGACUGGCUUCAGGAAGGCAAUUUAGACCAGUGCUGUCCAACCAGUGUAAGCCACAUAGGCUAUUUUAAAUAUCCUAUUAACCCCAUUUUAAAAAGUCUAAACAAACAGGUAAAAUUAAUUUUAACACAUUUCAACCCAACAUAUCAAAACUAUUAACACGAUAUAAAAAAAUUACUGAAAUAUUCUACCACCCUUGUCUUUCAAUGAAGUCUUUGAAAUCCAACGUGAAUUUUAUUCUCAGAAAAUAUCUCAGUUCUGACCAUCCACGUUUCCAGUGCUCAACAGCCACACGUGGCAUAUGGCUACCAUAUAGGACAGCAAAGAUUUAGGCUCUUUGUUAAGAGACUAAAGGGACCCCCUCCCCCAUGAGUCACUCAGAUCUCCCAGCUGACAGAAGCCAGAGGUUGGCGUUGGCCCUGAGUAGAGAGCACAGCAGUGAUGGCCAAGCUGCCAUGGUGGCCCCUGAAAUUCUGCUUCACCCGCUUAAUCAGAGGAGAGGAUUACUGCUUGUCAAAUACAUGUCACAUCUACUCCACGGGGUAUCAGUGCUGCCCCUGUGCAUGGUGCCAAUGACCUGUCAAAGUUCUUGAGGCCAGAGAAGUUCACUUUCUUCAGCUACCCGAGCAUCAACUUAUCCCUUAUCCACAUGCCCUUUAUCUUACAGUGGAGAUGGGGCCAGACAAGCCGCCUCCUCUUGGUCAAGAAUAAUGGUCUCUACACCAUUUUGUCAUCUAGUCCAGUCACCUGCUAAUAACAUCUCACUGAUAUCUGGCGCUGUUUUUUUUUUUUUCAAUCCCUUCUUUUCCUUACAUUUGUAAAUUAAUGUCAAAUGCUAAAAGGGGAUGUGCUAGAGAGAGUAGUGACCACGGAUAGGCAAGACUGGGUUUUCUAGGAGGUGACAGGUUCUGUCCUUUGCACUGGGACUCCACCAUCGCCUCCCUGUCCUUCCUGACUAGAGACCUUCCUUAGAAGUGAAGAAACCUCUUUUGUUUGGGGUGGAGGUGGUUGGGGAGGAAGAUAAGUUGCAAGAUCUUAGCAUAGAGAACAGAAUCAAAUGCAUGCCAGCGACCCCUGGGCAUUCUCAAAGCAUUUCAAAGAGCCAGUAUGACAAGGAUUAACUCAUUUAAAAUACAACAUUCUGAGCCCUUUGUUACCAAGCGAAAGAAAAUAAGCUGAUUUGGUGAGUAUGUUUUAUAUAUGGUCAUUAGAUAGGGACCAUAGCCGGCAAGACUCUCAAACCCCUUGAGAGUGUUUGUGGUCCCCCAGAUUAUUGCUUGGUCAAUAUAAAUUUAUAUAAAUUUACCUUUAAUUUGCAUAGUGCUUUCUGAUUGGUUAGACAAGGAGUGGUGUGUACUGCAGGAUUCCAACACCACCUCUGCCCUAGGAGGUAGCCAUUCCUGCGGUUAUUGGUGCUAAAAUAAGAUUAAAUAUUAUGUUAAUUUGUUCUGAUACGAUGUGAAUAAAUGUGUUGUUUAAUCUUAACAAGAAUGCAACAUCUUAUCAGAUCUAUUGUACUGUCUGUUCCUUCUCAUAAUGAAUUAAUUACAGGAAAGGUGAUCCAAACCAGAUCUUGAAACCAUUGUGCUAUCCAGAGAGGUGAAUUUAACAGGGAAGUGGGAGGGGGGAUGAAAAGGGAAAUUGCCAGGUUCCUGUGACUUUGCAAGGACUGAGGAAGCAGAGAGCAUUUGGGGACCUCAUGGACACUGACUGCAUCUUGCAAUUUUCUUUUUCGAAUUGGCAGAAAUCUCGUAUUUCCAUCGAUUGAAGAAAAAAAAGUGUCUGGUAAUUAAAUGACUUGUUCAUGGAAAAAAAAUAAAAAUAAAUAACCUGUCAGUUGUGGAAUGUAAACUGAUUAAACAAUUAAAUAAAGAAGAUCAUGUUGUGUGUUUUAA